GCGACUGGGACGUGUGAUAUUCCUUCCGUCGGAUUGGCUGAUGGAUAGGGCAAUUGGGACAAACCUCCAACGUCCUCGCGUGCCUCUAUGAGGAUGAUGCCGAGAUGUCACGGGAUUCGUCGCAGAAGGUGCGCCGACGUGGCUGACGCGAGCGAGAAGCCCCAAGGAGUACCGAACGAACUAGCAAUGUCCGGACGUUGCAACCAAGCUGUCGACGCAACAAUCCGUCGUCCAGAUGUGACUGCUGUCGACGAGUCGAUCCGCUCGAACUCAAAUGUUGAUACAAAUGCACGGGCCACCUCGGAAUUCCUUCAUGUGGGGGGUGUUCCAACGAUUCCCGCACGGACGUUUCAGUCACGCAGCAGUCGAACUGUUCGGAUGUGUGGCGAUCGAAGAUAUGUUGAGAUGGCAGGUUGUGCCAUGCAACCACGAAAUUUUGUUUGCUUUGGUCACUCGGAGACGUAGUAGUACACAGCACUGGCCUUGUGCCUCAAAGGUUGGACGGACGCUCGGUGGAGCGCUCUCGUGCGGAUUGCAGGGAGGCGGCAAUUGUAUUGGCGCAGUAUUCGUCAACAAGCCAGCUCACGAUUUGCGCCGUCGUCCGCACGUCGAAUUCGGCCGCCUCGGGUGAGCACAAGGUGUUGAGACAGCAUUACUUCACGUCACCUUGAGGGGGUUGGCUGGGGCUUGUGCAAUGCCCAAACGAGCGGACGCACCGCAGGAGACGACGGCACAUCCACAGGGUGCCAUCUAUUUCCCUCUUCCACAACUAAUGAGGUGGACGUUUCAACUUCAAGUGGAG